AUGGCGAGCAUAAAAAGUGAAAUGCCGCCACUGCACGCGGCAGAGGCGCUAGCCGCCAGCAGCAGCAGCAGCAGCGCAACGGAUAGCGGCGGCGGCGGCGGCGGCAGCACAGCAGCAACAGCAGCAGCAUCAGCAACAACAGCAUCAGCAGCAACAACAGUUGCUGCUGCCGCAGCUGCUGGCUCUGGCGGCAGCGCGCCCGCAACGCCGAAUGCCAAUGCAACAAUCAGCGCCGCUGCCGACUCCAGUGAUAAUCAGCCGGGCACGCCGCAGCCAACAACACAGCAGCAACAGCAACAGUCGCUAAUGGCUGCCGAGGCACAGCAGCAACAGCAGCAACAACAACAACAGCAGCAGCAGCAGACGUCGGGCAUAACGCAUCAACCCUAUGCGACCCAUCACAUGUACCCAGCGCAGCAGCAGCAGCCGCCGCCGCAGCAGCAGCAGGUCUAUGGCAGCAUCUAUGCCAGCGACAUGCAGCAGCAACAGCAGCAGCAGCAGCAGAGCUACGCCGCCAGCAGCUACAUCAACAGCUACGAGCAAUUCUAUCAGCAACAACAGCAGCAGCAGCAGAGCGUUGUCGACUAUGGCAGCGCGUACAUUGACUACACGAAAGCCGUGCGCUAUCAUCCGUAUUUGCAGCAGCCGACCUCCGUGCUGCCAGCAUCGGCAGCAGCUGCCGCCACAGCAGCAACAGUUGCCGCCGUCGAGGAUGCCGCCGCGGUGGCAGCAGCAGUGACAACAACUGCGGCAGCAGCGGGCGCUGCGAUGAGUCCGCGCGUGGUCAGCAGCAGCAGCCCCACCUCCACCUCGUCGCAUCUGCAGCUGAGCAGCGCCACGCCCAGUUCGCCAGGAGGCGGCUGCAAGCUGCAGUGCAAGAAAUGCGGCAUACUCAACACCAACGAGUCCGAGUUGCAGGAGCACAUCGCCAAUGUGCACGGCGAGUCGCCGUACGGCAGCAGUGGCUACGCCAGCUCGCCGUACAUCAAGGAGGAGAUGCCGAUGCCGACGCCGACAGCGGUGGCAGCAGCAGCAGCUGCGGCGGCGGCGGCCAGCGGCGAGCUGCUCGACUUGGACUCCCAGAAGAUGGUCUAUCAUCAGCAACUGUUGCAGCAGCAACAGCAGCAGCAACAACAACAGCAGCAACAGCUGCAGCAGCAGCAGCAACACGAUGCCGUUGUCUCCGGGCUGCCGUUGGCUCUGCCAGAUCCGCUGCACUCGAUGCAGUCGAUGCAGCAGCGCGCACUGCACAGCUGGGAGCAACAGGCGCCGCCAGCGGAGGCGGGCCUGCCCGCGUACAUGCAGCCGCUGCUGGACAAGUCGCCGCAUUAUUACGGCUCGCCAAAGCAGUCGCCGUAUCCGGCGACGGGCGGCAUCAAGCAGGAAUAUGCGCUGAUCAAAUCCGAGUAUGCCGACUCGCAGCACUAUGUGGACAAAUCGUUUGAUCCGACCGCCGCGGAGGUGACCACCAGUCCCGCCGAGUUUCCCAGCACCACGACAGGCGGCGGCGGGCCACAGGAUGGCGUCGGCGUUGGCAAUGCGUCCGGCAAUGCGGCGCCGCCUUAUCGCGGCUUCGAGCCGCCCAGCUCCAGCUCGGUGCUGCCAGCCAACAGUCUGACCGCCAAGGCGGCCACCUGGAAGUCGAACGAGGCGCGUCGCCCGAAGACCUACAAUUGCACCGCGUGCAACAAGUGGUUCACCAGCUCGGGCCAUCUGAAGCGGCAUUACAACACGACGCUGCACAAGAAUGCGGUCAAGUCGAGUGGCCAGCCCGAUCCGGCCACGCUGCCCAUAUCUGCUCAUCAUCAUCCCGCACGCGAUCCCGUCACGAAGACCAGUCGACGCGGCAAUGCUGCCGCUGCAGCAGCAGCAGCAGCCGCAGCAGCAGCAGCAGCGGCUGCCACACAACAGGAGCCGCCAGCGCCGGAGCCGCCCAGAAGUCCGCCCGAUUAUGGGGGCGGCGGUGUUUGUGGUGCGACGGGCGUGCAGGUGGGCGCCGCCAUGUCGCAGUACUCGGCCUCGCCGUCGCCCACCGCCCAGCAGCAGCAGCAGCAUCAAUUGGUUGCCAGCAAUGGUUAUGCCAGCAAUGGGCAUGGUCACCAGCAGCAACAAGUGCAAUCGACGACAAACGCUUCACCACAGCAUGCUAACAGCAGCAGCAAGCAGCAACAGCGGCAACAACAACAACAGCGGCAGCAGCAGCACAACAAUCACAACUCCGUUUUAAACGGUCACCCAAACGGGCUAGCAGGUCCCUCCGCCCCAAUCAACAACAACAACAACAACAACACACAAAUGCCGUCCUCCCAAAUGAGGGGCCUGCUGAACAAAACAACAAUCAACAACACAACAACAACAUCAACAACAACAACAACAAUAGCCACAGACACAACUAUAAAGAUCGAACAAAUGGAGGACAGCAACUCAGCAAUGCCGCCUAUAACAAUGGACUACAACAUGCUGGCUUUGGAUAUGCAGCAGCAGCACAGCAAUAUGCUGCAGUGCAGCAGCAUCAGCACGCAGCAGCAGCCGUCGCUGCCGUGCUAUCAGCAACUGCCGCCGGUGCUGGAGCACACAAUGAGCUAUCACACUAUUAUUGGUAACGAGCCGGGCGCCUAUGAUGCCUACACCAGCGAUGGCCAUCAGAUAUUGCAGCUGAUGCCCGCCUCGCUGUUCGCGCCAUAUGCCCCACUCUCGCCCUAUUCGGUGGCCGCACAGCGUUCGCCGCAGGAGGGCGACUUGCCGCCGGUUCAUACGCUGACCAAUGCGUUGCAGGCACAGCAGGAGGCGCAGCAGCAACAGCAUCAACACCAGCAACAGCACCAGCAGCAUACGACUUUAACGCUGCUGGCCACGCCCACACCGUAUUCGCCCACAGUAAGCAGCUCGCGUGCAACACCAGCCCUUGAGCUGGACAUGGUGUCGCUGAUGGCACAACAGCAGCAGCAGCAGCAACAGCAGCAGGAAUAUGAGCAAUAUCAGCUGCAGCAGCAGCAACUUGAACAGCAGCAGCAUCAGCUCGAGCAGCAACAACUCGAACAGCUGCAGCAGCAACAGCAGCAGCAGCUGCAACAAACUGUUGCCGUGCUGCCCAAAAAGCGACGUGCUGCUGCCGCACUGUCAACAACAACAGCAUCAGGAAUAGGAGCAACACAGCCGGCGAGCAAGAGACGUCGCAACAGCAGCAUCGGUUCGACAUCGCCGCACUCGACAACAUUGCCAUCGGGUCGCAUCAAGUGCCUGGAAUGCGACAAGGAGUUCACCAAGAACUGUUAUCUCACACAGCACAACAAGAGCUUCCACUCCGCUACCGCCGCAUCCAGCAGCCGGCGGCCGACAGUGAAGCGCCAAUAUCAGCUCCAAGGCGAGGGCCAAUACCAGGCGCAGAACCCAAACCAGAUGAGGAGUUACAAUGCCCAGAAACGGCUCAAAAUUUAAAGUAAAUUGAUU